AUGAAAUUCUGUUUGUCUCUCCUCCUUCUGGCGACCUCGGCAUCCGCCCAGCCCGAGAAGAGAAUUGUCGGCGGAUCGACCGCGGCCCUCAAACAGUUUCCAUACCAGGUGUCGGUUCAGACUUCUUCUCAUCGAUGUGGAGGAAGCAUUAUCGACCUGAGCCAUGUUCUUACUGCCGCCCAGUGCGUGGACGGUCUACAGGCGAGCCGUAUCAGGGUCCGAGCUGGCUCAUCGCAGCACAGCUCGGGAGGAAAAUUAGUCAACGUGGCCAAGGUCAUUCAGCAUCCUGAUUUCGAUAACGAGACCCUCAAAAAUGAUAUCGCUGUUCUUGUAUUGCAGCACAAUCUCGAAUUUGGAGCAAGUGUAUCUGCUGUCAAACUUCCUUCUUCAGAAGUCGAUACCCCUGCCAUAGGAGCAAAAUGCUCUAUAACCGGCUGGGGAACUACUAGCUAUGGUGGGAAUAUCUAUCCCACCAACCUUCUUGUCUCUUACCUCAAUAUUGUUGAUCAUGAGGUUUGUGCCAAGGACUAUUCAGCCCGUCGCAAUAUCGAUGAUUCAAUGAUUUGUGCCGGCGUCUCUGCAGGGGGGAAGGGCGCUUGUGACGGUGACACUGGUGGCCCGCUUGUUGAAGAAAGUUCGACAAAGCAAGUUGGGAUUUUUUCUCGGAGUCAUGGAUGCGGACAAGCCGCAUACCCUGGCAUCUAUACAAGCACCGCAGCUCACUCGGCGUGGAUCCGGGAGGCUAUAUCACCAUAG